AUGGCGAAAAGGCUUGCUGGGCAUCGUGGCAAUUCGGCCAGGUCCAUCUGGAUCGGCCUAGCUAUAAGUCUUGCAGGGUUUGUAAACGAUAUCGAUACUGGAAUCAUUGCGUCGACCAUUGCCCAAGACACAUUUAAGACCUACAUGUACGGCCUAGGCACAAACAGUGCCUCUGUGAGAGCCGGUAUCGUUUCCGCCUUUGGUAGCGCCGGUUCGGCUUCCUCUAUCGACAAGAUAUCCCGUCGAUGGACCUUGCUCCUUGGCUUUGUAGUCAGGGUUGUCGGUGCUGUACUGCAAACUGCUGCGCAGAACCCGGCCAUGAUGAUUAUACCACCCGCUGCCUUGCUGGGACUUCUGACCAUCAUCCUGCCGUACUCGCCUUGUUGGUUGGACAUGAAAGAACGAUACGACGAAGCUAAGGCAGUCAUGUACUCCCUCCCUAGCCACCGUGGCUCUGAUGUCAUCGAGGCCGAAUUCGCCGAGAUGUGCAGUCAGAUUCAGCUAGAACGAAACAAGAAGACCAUGACUAACUUUUAUAACCUCUGGACUCGGAAGUAUAUCCGUCGUACAUUGUUGGCCUGCCUAACCGUCAACAUGAUGAAGCUCUCUGGAUCCAACGUCAUCCAGAACUACCGACAGAAGUUCACGGUAUAA